AUGGAGCAGCAGGCGAACAGGGCGCAUCGCCCCGCAAAGGAGAAGAAGAAAUUUGAAGGUGCCAAUCCGAAAGCUUUCGUCACUUCCAGACCUGGAAAGCUCAACAAGCAGGCUGCGCGAGCACAUGAUGUUAAAGAAAAGAGACUCCAUGUCCCCCUCGUGGAUCGUAUGCCCGAGGAGGCCCCGCCGGUUGUUGUCGCAAUCGUCGGACCUCCAGGAGUUGGCAAGACAACGCUGCUCAAGUCUCUGAUCCGCCGCUACACCAAGCAAACCCUCAGCUCGCCGCAGGGCCCGUUAACCGUUGUCACGACCAAGCGCAAGCGUCUCACUUUCAUCGAAUGCCCGUCCGAUUCUCUCGCAGCCGCGAUCGAUGUCUCCAAGAUUGCAGAUAUUGUGCUUCUCAUGAUCGACGGAAAUUUUGGAUUCGAGAUGGAGACCAUGGAGUUCUUGAACGCCUUGUCGACAGCUGGUAUGCCGGGUAACGUCUUCGGUAUUCUUACACAUCUUGAUCAAUUCAAGAAACAAAGCACUUUGAAGGAUGCCAAAAAACGCCUGAAGCACCGUUUCUGGAGUGAGCUAUACGCGGGCGCAAAGCUCUUCUACUUGUCCGGUGUUAUCAAUGGCCGUUACCCCGAUCGUGAAGUGCAUAACAUGUCACGUUUCUUGUCGGUCAUGAAAAACCCUCGCCCGCUCGUGUGGCGUAACUCGCACCCGUAUGCUCUCGCCGAUCGUUUCUUGGACAUCACGCCGCCUACUAAGAUUGAAGAGAACCCGAAGUGCGAUCGCACAGUUGCACUUUAUGGUUAUCUCCGUGGUACUAAUUUCCCUGCUCACGGUGCCAGAGUCCAUGUUCCUGGUGUCGGUGACUUGACUGUUGCCAACAUCGAGGGCUUGCCCGAUCCAUGCCCAACUCCCUACAUGGACCAGCAGAUCGCCAAGGCGACAGGCAAAUCGAACAGGCGCAAGCUUGGCGAGCACCAAAAACUACUUUUCGCACCGAUGUCUGAUGUCGGCGGUGUUCUGGUUGACAAGGAUGCGGUUUACAUUGACGUCAAGACAAAUACCUUUGACCGGGACUCAGAUGAGGAUACAGACGAUGAAGAACGCCGCGGUCUUGGCGAGCAUCUUGUUGUUGGCCUUCAGGGCGAGCGCAAACUGCUUGGCGAGGCCGACCAAGGUGUUCGUCUGUUCCGCGGUGGCGAGGCCAUCGCUCAAGCAGAGGAUGACGAGACAGGCCGAAAGGAUCGACGUCGCGCACGUGUCGCCGAAACUGAGCAAGGCGAUGAAGACAUUCCUGAAGGGUUCGACAGCGACGAGGAAGUCGACGAAGAUAUCGACGAGGAUGAUGUGACGGACGAUGAAGGCGAGCUCGACCUGUCCGCACCUGCAGACUUUGGUGCUCGAUUCAAGGCUAAACAGAACGGAGCAAAUGUCGAAGAGGAAGAAGAUAUGGCUUUCGCAGACAGUGAUUCUGAUUUGGGCUCCGUCUCCUCUGUCUCGGACCAGGAGGUCGAGAGCGGCGAAGACGACGAUGAGGAAGAGGAUGAGGAUGACGAGGAAGACGAGGAGGGUAAUGUUCGAUGGAAGGAGAACAUGCUCGCCAAUGCCAAGUCUCUUCACGGAAAGCGCCCUCCUUUCCGAGUCGCCGAUCUAUCACGAAUGAUGUACGACGAGUCGAUCACACCUGUCGACGUUGUGAAGAUGUGGCGGGGCGAAGAGGACGACGAGGAAGAAGAUGAAGAUAAAAUCGCCGACGAUGAAGGCGAAGACUUUUUCAAAAAGACGCACAACGAGAAGGCCGACCAAGCCGACUUCCGCGCCGUUCCAGAGUAUGACUACGAUGAACUUGAGCGGAAGUGGCGGGACGAGGACCAGCUCGAAAUGAUCAAACUCCGCUUCAUCACUGGUAAGCUGUCUGGAGGUGAUGAUGAGGGCGAUGAUGAUAUGGACGAGGAUGAUGAGGAUGAGGAUGAGGGUGACGGUGAUUACGAAGACUUGGAAUCUGGCGAGGUCUUCAAUGGCAUCAAAGAGGAUGGGGAUGACGAUGAGGAAGAGGAAGCCGACGAUGAGCCCGCAAAAGCUGCCGAUCUGGAAGCUGAGCGUGAGCGCAAUGCCAAGAAGAAGGAAGAGCUGAAGUUACGUUUCGAAGAGGAGGACCGUGAAGGCUUUGGAAAGGCCCAAGACGGGACGCGCGAUGGUAUCGAGGGCGAGUUUGGCGAAGAUGACUGGUAUGACCUGCAGAAGGCCAAGCUGCAAAAGCAGGCCGACAUCAACCGCGCCGAGUUCGAGUCGCUCGAUCCUGCCUCCCGCGCCCGCGCGGAAGGUUACAAGGCCGGUACCUACGCACGCAUCGUCCUCGAGAACGUCCCGUACGAGUUUGUCUCGAAGUUCAACCCUCGCUUCCCUGUCAUCGUUGGUGGCCUCUCACCUACUGAAGACCGCUUCGGAUACGUGCAAAUCCGGAUCAAGAAACAUCGCUGGCACAAGAAGAUUCUCAAGACUAACGACCCGUUGAUCUUCUCCCUUGGUUGGCGCCGUUUCCAGACUAUUCCUAUCUACAGUACCUCCGACAGUCGAACCCGAAACCGUAUGCUCAAGUAUACACCCGAGCACAUGCACUGCUUCGCCACCAUCUGGGGUCCUCUUGUCGCUCCCAAUACCGGUUUCUGCUGUGUGAACUCGUUCUCCAACAAGAAUCCCGGCUUCCGCAUUGCCGCCACUGGUGUGGUUCAGAGUGUGGAUGAGCACACCGAAAUUGUCAAGAAGCUCAAGCUUACUGGUCACCCUUACAAGAUCUUCAAGAACACCGCCUUCAUCAAGGACAUGUUCAACUCGGCCCUGGAAAUUGCCAAGUUCGAAGGUGCAUCCAUCAAAACCGUCUCAGGUAUUCGUGGUCAGAUCAAGCGUGCAUUGUCCAAACCCGAUGGCUGUUUCCGUGCCACAUUCGAGGAUAAGAUUCUCAUGUCUGAUAUUGUCUUCUUGCGCGCCUGGUACCCCAUCAAGCCGCACCGCUACUACAACCCCGUGACCAACUUGCUGGACCUGACCGAGGAUGGAAAGGGUGAUGCCGGAUGGCAGGGUAUGCGCUUGACUGGUGAAGUCCGUCACGCUCAGGGUCUCACCGCACCUAAGCUCAAGGACUCCGCCUACAAGCCCAUUGAACGGCAGGAACGUCACUUCAACCCGCUCCGUGUGCCCAGACAGCUGGCUGCCGAGCUGCCCUUCAAGUCACAAAUCACCAAGAUGAAGCCGCAUAAGGAGAAGACCUACAUGCAGAAGCGUGCCGUUGUCCUCGGAGGCGAGGAGAAGAAGGCCCGCGAUCUCAUGCAGAAACUCACCACCAUGCGCAACGAGAAGCAGGCUAAGCGGGCUGCCAAGCAGGAGGAGCGCCGCAAGGUCUACCGUGCCAAGGUGGCUGACAGUCUGGAGAAGAAGGCUGAGCGCGAGAAGAGAGAGCGCAACGAUUACUGGCGCAAGGAGGGCAAAAAGCGCAAGAACCCUGAUGAAGACUCUGGUGGCCGUGGACGCGGCAAGAAGCGCAAGUGA